GGAUAAUUUAUAUCGGCCGACGAGGAGAGGAAAGUGUAAGAAAUAUAAAUUUGUCGCAAAAAUGACUGAUCUUUAUGAAUACUGCAAUGGACGGGCGGGUGGUUCAGCUGCAUCUAAAAAUAUUCAGCCAGCUAUGGCUAGCAAGACCGUGACUAAUCGAAACAUGAACUGGCUUGUUCACGGAUUGUACACAAGAAAGGAUUACAAUUUAUGUAAAAAGCUAAUAAACCGGCAGUUGACAAUAAAUUUCGAUAAAGAGUAUCUGUAUUUUGUCAAGGGACUAAUUUCGCGAGAAGAAGGUAGUUUUGCGGAAGCGACGAAUUGUUUCCAGAAUGCCAUUAUUGCAAACAAGAAGAACUCGGAGAAUUACAAGGAACUCGCAAAGACAUUUUUCAUAAUGGGGCGCUUCAAGCAAUCAUUAGAAGUGUUUCUAAAAGCGGAGACCCUCAUGGAACGGCCAGAUCACGAGGUUUACCACUAUAUUGGAGAGCUAUUCUACCGCAAUUUCGGUCAGCCAAAAGCUGGAGCUGCCGAAGCAAAAGAAUACCUUAAACAAUCCAUAAUGUGCGGCAAACAUGCGGAGAGUUUCAAAAUUCUGGCAGAAAUUUAUAUUGAAGAGGGCGAUAACAUCAAGGCGAUUGAAAUGAUAGAAAGUUGUCUGCAGAUGACCGAAGACGAUGUCACGCUGAUGACUCAGAUAGGCGUCCUUUACCUUAAAACUAAUGAAUACCAAAGAGCAUUCGAAAAACUGUUGGAUGCCGUUGCCAUUGAUGAAAGGUGUACCACCGCUCUGCUAGCACUUGGUUCUAUUCUACAGUCCAAAAACGAUAUCGACGGAGCUUUGAACAAGUACAGGAAAAUAUCCUCUUUGCCGGAUGAGGGAACCGAGGUGUGGAGCAACAUUGGUCUAUGUUUCUUCAAAAAACAAAAAUACAUUACGGCAAUAUCAUGCUUGAAGAAAGCUAUUUGGGCUUCACCGUUAAAUUUUAAUGCAUUGUAUAAUCUAGGACUAAUUCUGGUGACAGCUCAACAAUAUGUGAGUGCUUUCCAAACGUUAGCUGCUGCCAUUAGCCUUAGGCAGGACAAUGCGGACUGUUAUAUGUUGUUGGGAACAUGCCUUCGGCAUCUCAACGACCCCGGCAACGCAUAUUUAUCGCUGGAAAAGUCCACAAUGCUACCAGACGCUAUCAAAAACCCAUUAAUCAAUCUAAACUUUGCGCUUUAUUGCUUCGAGAUCGGCAAGUACGACCAAUCAGUAUCCUAUUUGGCAAACUUCCUCGAAAUGGCUCAGCAUGCCAACGUACAUCGAGAGUACUUGAAGAUGGCAGAUAGACUGAAUGCUGCCUUAUCAUCUUCAGUCGGCGGGCCAGCUCCACUGUUGCCCUCAGCGGUGAAUUAUGUUUCGCCCACCGUCUCACUGUCCACUUCAAAAGAAGUUUCUCUUCCGGUCGGUGAUUCCAUUGGAAUACAUAGUGAGAUCCAAAGCAGCUCUAGAACCAACCCUGGAAAUGAUAACGAUGACGGCAACCAUAAAGGAGUGAUUUCUGAUGAUGCAACAGAGCAUAAUCAUGGUGACCAACGAAACGAGGAAUAAGGAAAACCAACGAACCAGAUUUAUAGAGGUAACUAGAACCAAUGUGAAUAUAUUUUUACUCGCGUAUAUAUUUACACAUAUAGUUGUUAUUAAUCUGAAAUAAGAGAAUAAAU